CUGGCUGUUGGGCUUGUCAGGACCCCGUCUCUUGUAUGGACAUAACAGUUUUAGAUUUCCGCUGAAUUCAAAAAUUAUGCUGCAGAGCUUGUUGUUGUAAACUUUUAAUCAUCUCGUAGGAUCAGAUUUUGCAGCUAUAAUGUCUUUACCUCCAGAAAAAACCUCCGAACUGAAGCAGAUUAUUCAGAGUCACCUGAAGAAGAUGAACAUCCACGGGAAAAUCCAAGAGGUGCUGGCGGAGACUGCAAGGGUGGAUCCCGGCUCUGGACGUUUGUCGGAGGAGGAUUUCAGACGUGCUCUACAGCGCAGAGGCAUAAUAGAUGAUGUGAUGAAAGACCUCCGUUUCAGCCAGGAAAAAGCAACAAAAACAGCAUCAGGAUUUCCAUCUAAGCCUUUCAGUCAUUAUGGUGACAAAGAAAUGACCGAGCUGAGACAGAACCCAUCAAGGCAGUACCUGCAUCUCCAAGUUCUUGGUGGGAAGGCCUUUCUGGAGCACCUGCAGGAACCACAGCCGUUACCUGGUCAGGUGUCUUCUACGUUUACACUCUACCUACAUUUCCGCGACCAGAGGUUUGGAUCUAAGCCUGUGCCCUGUACCUGUGAACCAGACAUGAGGGAAAACUUCCUCCUGGAACUCUGCAGGGACAAUGCAGAUGGAGGUAAAGUGAUGGAUGCAGCCUCUAUGCUGUCUAUAUGCGACCCUAUCCACUUUGUCCUGAUCAAGACGGACAUUUCUGGUGAGACGACGCUGGUGUCGUCCUAUUUCCUGGAUUGGAGGCCAGUUCUCAGCUCAACAAACAGCAAGACUUGUUUUGCUGUGGAGUUAAUGGGAGUUGGAAGUGAAUGCAAAGUGCCAGCUGGUGUUCUGACAGUCAACCUGGAGCUGUACCCUCCUCCAGCUGUGAAUCUAAGUGCAGAUGUCAUCAGCACACAGCAGUCACUGGAGAGGACGAGGACGGCAGAGAAGGACAGGCUCUUCUUGGUUUAUGCUAAACAAUGGUGGCGAGAGUUCCUGGAGAUUCGGGCGUCUCAUCAGUCCAAGCUGGUCAAAAUAUUUGCACAGGACGAGAACGGCGUAAACCGACCCGUCUGCUCUUAUGUGCGUGUCCUCCGGGCUGGCCGCCUCCUGGAGAGCUCGCGCCACGCUGCCCGCUUCGUCAGCCUGCUGGCCCACGAGAGGGCUCCGAUGCUUGGAGGAGGAACGGGCAAGCAGGAGCAGUGGUGCACGUUGAUGGCUUUUCUGUGUCGAGGAAAGGGAGACUGUGAGGACCACGCUACUCUGCUGUGCAGCCUUCUGCUGGGCUUCGGCCUGGACGCCUAUGUUUGCAUGGGGACCAAGGCAAAGGGGGUUCCACACACCUGGGUCAUGACCCGGGGAACUGACGGGACCAUUACCUUCUGGGAAAGUCUGACAGCACACAGGUAUUUGCAUCGGCCCGUGGAUCCAGAUGCCCCUCCCCUGUCCCCACAGCCCAAACCGUCAUCGCCCUAUCGCACUGUGGGCUGUGUCUUCAACCACCAGACCUUCAUGGCCAACUGCCAGCCCUCUGAUUCUGUGGAGCUCUGCGUGUUUGACUUCCAGAAUCCGUCCCGGUGGAAAGCCAUGAGUGAGGAGGCUCUGAGGUCAGUUUGUGGCCCAGGCUCCUGCACCUCCCUACCCCCUCUGCCUCCUCUAUGUGCCCCGUCUCUGGAUCCUUCAGCAGCCAGCAACCAGCUUGAGAUGGAGAUGCGCUACCUGGUGUAUGAGCACAGGAAGGACCUAGAUCUGGGAACAGUGUGGGACGACCAUCUCUGCUACCUGCUGUCCUCGGCUCUGUCCGCUUAUGAAAUGGAGCGUUGCACUGGAGUUUCCUGCGGCAAUGAAGAGUUCCAGGACGCAGUGAGGAGGGCUGUGCCAGACGGACAAACCUUUAAAGGUUUCCCUAUACACUUCCUGCACCGCAACGCUCGCAGAGCCUUUGCCACCUGCCUCAGGUCUCCGUUCUGUGAGGAGAUCAUCUGCUGCCGAGGUGACAGUGUGAGGCUGGCCGUCCGUGUGUGGGUCUUCAUAUAUCCUGAGAACGCGUGUGCCGUGUGGCUCAUGUUUGCAUGCAAAUACCGCUCUGUACUCUAAUGCUGCACAGCAUCAAGACACUUUAUGCAGACAAUUUCUGAUCACAAAACGUCUGAAUCCAUCAUGAAAUGACGGUAAAACCAGCAGUUACAGGAAUAUUCUGUUCUCAGAUACCAGUUCAGGAAUAAGCAAAAUCUUCAGUUGUAAGUUUAGUUAUUUAUUUUUGGCAAAUAAGAUAUUUUUUCUAACUGUGUUCUUUUAUAGAAGCAUUGUAAAUGUAUUUUUUUCCUGAUUGCACAUUUUUUCUUAUGAACAUUAAAGAUGUUUAUUUCUCCAUGAAAA